CGCAAGAAGAGGCAAAAGAAAACAACUCGUCAAAGCAACUUGCAGCUUCGCUGGUCGGUGAAGAAAGGGCAGAAAAAUUCCACUGUUCUCGGUUUUGCGAGCAAAUCUCUAGUGUGUGCGUGUGUGCGUGGGGGGUUUAGGAAUAUCAAACCGGUGGAGCAUAAAGAGCAUAGAAUCGCCCCCUACAUAUAGUGCUUAUUAAAAGAAAAGAAAAAAAAUCGAAAACAGCCAGCAGCAACUGGUCCGAAACGUCGCAACAUUAAACGCAAAGCGUCGGGUUCGGUGAGUUUUCUCACGCGGACAAAAUCGAAACUCCGGAAAGCGUUCUCAGGAAUGAGCGACGGAAAAGUUAAAAAAGACGCAACGAACAAGGAAAUCAUCAACAUGAGUGACGCCGCCGGAUAUUUGGACCGUUUCGUGGGUGAUGUGAGCAAAAAAUCGGCCACCAAACAGAUACUGAUCGGUGCCGGCAGUGGAUGGGCAACCGGUUACAUCACGAUGAAGGUGGGCAAGAUGGCUGCGAUCGCAGUCGGCGGUGGCAUCAUCCUGCUGCAGAUGGCCAACCAGCAGGGCAUCAUUUCGAUCGACUGGAACAAGGUGCAGAAGAAGGUGGACAAAGUCACCGACAAGGUGGAGGAAGCCGUCACCGGUCAGGGGCCGAGCUGGGCGGACAAGGCGGAACGUUUCGUUGACCGCAAACUCAACCAGGCGGAGGAUGUGCUGAACAAGCGGACGAAAAAGGCCAAAAAGUGGUACACGAACCUGAUCGGUGACGAGACCGGCUGCAAGGUGAACGAUCUACACAUUUUCCUCUGUGCCUUUGCGGCGGGCGUUGCGAUCGGUGUCGGCACUGCCUAAUGAUAGGGUGUCCGGAUGGUCACGUUUCUGCAUGCGCCGUGACGUCACAACAGUCACAAUCUGAUACGCUGCUGGGCAAAACCGUUUCGCCAAAAAGAAAAACAAUACGACACAAAACCAUUUUGCGCUGAAGGAUGGAAACACACACACACGCAUUAAGGCAGCAGUAGUUACACCUCGGGUCAGUUUUCGGAACAAAAGUGGCAUGCGUUAGGUGCGAGAAAGUUACAUUUGAUGCCAGUAUGCCUUUUCUUUCGUUCGCGUCUGUUAACAGACCUAAAUAGCUGAAUAUCAGACGGAAAUGGCAUACAGAAGCUAAACGGCAGAUUAUUUGAACGGAAUCGUAUGGC